GACACAACCACAAGACACAUCCACUGCUGCUGCCACUGAGAACACACAGGGAACAGGGCCCGCCCUUAGAACAGCUUAGCCAGACAACGCAAUCGCUGUAUUACCAUCUCUACUAGAGGAAGCUGCUAUGGCGAAAUCUGCCGCUGCCUCUGCGCGCACAACAAAGCGAAGCGCAAAAGACGAUAUGAGCAAGAAAGCCAUCGUCGUCCCUUCCAAGAAGCGAAAGCAGCCGCAAAAAGCAGAAUCAGACGAGGACGACGCCGGAUUCGCGUUUACAAGACCAACAAAAGUCUCCAAGACCACAACGACCACCCAAGCGACGCGUUCUUCGCCGCGCAAUCAUGCGAAAAAGACAGGUCUACUAGAUGACAAUAAACCUGCAGGGUCAGCGACGCCGCGCUCAUCCACCGUCGCGUCGGCCAAGAAGCAAAAUAACAACAAAUCUGCGCAAAAGGCAACCACAUCCGCAACGGUCUUUGAUGAUCUUGCAAAUGGCUCGGAUAGUUUUAUUGCCUUGCCAGUCAGUGAUACACCCAUCAUCAGAAAAAAUCAAGCAUUACGACAGGGACUCGCAGUGGAUAACAGUGGUCGUCGUCGAUCGAGCUUAUCCAUGCGUGGGAAACGUGCUAGUUCAAUGGGAAAUGGUUUUAAUAGCCAACCACACCCAGAUGUCACACCGGCGGAUUUCUACAAGCAUAUUGGUGUAGAGAUGCCGGAUCCAAUACGAAUGAAGCAAUUACUGGGUUGGUGUGCGCGUCGAGCAUUGGAAGAAAGCAAAACACCCACCAGCACAAAACAAACAGACUCGGCAUUGCAGAUUGAAUUGAUUGCGCGGACUAUUGAGGAAGAGGUGCUUCGAGAUUUGGCAGAUGGGAAAAUUACGACAUCUUGGUAUGGACGGCCACAGGAGGAGGAAGAGGCGCGGUUAGCUGGUGUUGGCCCAACCACCCGGCGUAAACUGCCGCAUCCACAGAAUGUUGCGAAUGCCAAAAAGCUGGCAGAGAUGGAAGCGCGGCUGGCCAAGUUGAAGAUGGAAGAAGAAGCAUGGGUGCGGCUACGGUCAAGUGGUCUUGCUACGCAAACAGAAGGCUUACCUGCCGAUGCUGCUCUGCCAGCUGCAGCGACGGAAACAGGCGAGCGGUUCGCGAAAUUGCCACAGCAAGACAUGACUCAUGCGACGGCAGAUAUUGAUCUCGACUUGCUGACUGCUGCAGAAGCAGAGUUUGUCCAUGCCGCCACGACCAGGCCCAACAGACCGCUUGCUGGUGCUAGCAAAUUACAGGACGAUCCGCGCGAAGAAUGGCUGCAAAAUGCUGAACAGACACUGGAAUUUAACGUCGAUGCAUUCCGGCACCAACUGCAUACGCGCGGACAAUUCAUCAAGGAUGCAGAUGAACAAGCUGGCAAGUUACUGGCGAUUGCAGCUGAAGCACUUGUGAGACAGGAACAACGGGAGCGUGUGGAUCAGGAAGGCAAAGGUGUCGGCAUGAUGGAUAUUCUCAAGGCCAUCACCCGAACGAGCUAACUAGGGCCCUCUUCUUGUGUCAAACCUCAUCCUUGUCUAUACUUGUAUCUCUCCAUUUCCUUUCUAGGCAGCAGGCAGGCAUUGCUAGGCAUAGCAUCGUGACCAUGUCUUCUUGUACAGUACCUUGUAAACUAUCACAUGU